AUGUCAGAGAAAGCGUCACCCACGACAGCUUCCGUCGAAGAAAUAACCGCUGCUCCCUCGCUCUCACAUGCUAGUCUCGAUGAUCACUAUGAACUUUACAAAUCCAUGAGAGAUAUAGAGCUAGAUCCUCUGGAGGCGAAACAAGUUCUGAGAAAGAUUGACUUGCGGGUCCUGUCGUUGCUAAUGGUCACUUAUGUACUGCAAUAUCUGGAUAAGAAUUGUAUUAAUGUGGCUAGUGUAUAUGGAUUGAAAAAAGAUCUGAGAUUGGAGGGACAGGAUUAUUCGUGGGCUACCAGCAUGUUUUACGUUGGCUAUCUAGUCUUCCAAUUUCCCAUGGGCUUUCUUCUUCAGCACUUCCCAAUCGGCAAAUUCAUCUCAUCGACAAUUGUCGCAUGGGGUUGCGUGUUGAUGAUGACUGCUGCAUGUAAGAAUUUUGCUGGAAUAGCUGCGAAUAGAUUUUUUCUGGGCGCGCUGGAGAGUGCUACGAAUCCUGGAUUUGUGCUGUUGAUGUCAAUGUGGUACACAACUCCAGAACAACCUCUCCGUCUAGAAACAUACUACUCAACCGUCGGCAUCGCAACCAUGUUCUCUGGCCUCCUCGGCUACGCAAUAGGUCAUAUCAACACCGGUCUGGCUCGGUGGAAGUACAUCUUCCUAAUAUUCGGUGCCAUAACCACCGCCUGGGGUCUCGUCUCAUUGCUCCUCCUCCCGGAUUCUCCCUCAACAACCCGCUUUCUAACACCCCAUCAACGUUGCAUCGCUGCUUCCCGUGUUGCAGGCAACAAACAAGGAAUCAAGAAUCGCAAAUUCAAACCUUACCAAGCGGUGCAAAUGCUCACGGAUCCUAAGACUUGGAUAUUGUUCGUGAUGGCUGUUAGUGGGCAGAUCCCAACGGCUGCGGUGACCAGUUUCGCCAGCAUUAACAUUUCGAGUUUCGGAUUCGACACCCUAGGCAGUCAAUAUAUGUUGAUUCCUGGUGGGGCGGUACAGUUGUUUGGAAUGCUGAUUGGAGGAUGGGUUGCGAGUCGUUGGUCUGGGAUGAGAUGUGUGGUUAUGUGUGUUGCUAAUACCAUUUGUAUCGUUGGAAGCGGGUUGCUGGUUGGUUUACCUGUGCAUAACAAGUGGGGACGUCUAAUCGCCCUCUGGCUCUGCUACUUCCAGAACCUAGGAUUCAGCAUGAGUCUAACAAUGAUCUCAAGCAACGUCGCCGGAUACACCAAAAAACAACUCACUUCCGCCGUCAUAUUCAUCGGAUUCUGCGUCGGCAACAUUGCCGGUCCCCAAACGUUCAUCACCAAAGAAGCUCCCGGGUAUCAUACUGCAUAUCGCGCAAUGCUUGCUGCGUACAGUGUUAAACUUCUCAUGGUGUUCUUUUUGUAUGCGCAUAUGAUUAUGUUUAAUAGGAAGAGGGAUCGGGAACAAGCUCUUGCGCCGUUGAGUGAGAAGGAGGUUAUUGAGUUGGGGAUGCAUGAUGCGACGGAGUUUGAUAAUAAGGGGUUUAGAUAUACUUUGUGA